AUGAUUCAAAGCAGCUCAUAUCAAUCUUGGAAUUAAUAGGCUCAGAUUGGUUCAUUCUAAUCGGCGUACAGUAAUGACACUCAAUAAAUCCGUUUCAAGGAAGAGAGUUUCUCAACCUUCCAGCCAGUUGUACCACAGUAAGGCACUUGGACUUCGAGUCAGUUGGGGGGGAGAGUGGAAGAAAAGGAUUUUCUGGUUAUACAAAGGACAAAUACUUUUGGGAAGUCAGAAGCUGAAAGAUAACAACAUUACGAAGAAUUGAUAUAAGACAAUUAGAGAAUGAGAGAAGUUAUUGAGGAACUGAAAAGGGAAGUAGCCACUUAUAAGGCUUCAUCCAGUUCUGAUGCAGAAAUGCUGAGGAAGGAGUUGUAAAUCACAUAGAAGGAAUUGGAAGCAGCGAAUAAGGAGAUCAUGAUGUUAAAAAGUGGAGUCGAAUCAAGAUAAAAGACAGAAAUGGAGAAUAUUUAGAUGGAGUUGGAGAAAUGGAAAAAAAGAUGUGCAGAAUUAGAGUCAAAGGAUAAGGAGAACAUGGAACAAUUAAAAUAAUUAACCUAUUAUCAAAACAAACUCAAAUGGUAUGAAAUGGAUGCAAAGAAAAAGUUUGAGAAAUACCAAACUGUUGAUUUGCUUCAAUAACAAUUAAGUGAUCAAGAGUCUUUGAUCGAAGAAUUAAAAAAAGAAAUUCACAGAUGGGAAGAGAGAUAUGAUGCUCAGGCCUUGGAAAGUCAAGAAAUUAGGAUUAAGCUAUCUUCCAAUACUAGAGUAAAUUAAAUGGAAGAUGAUAUCAAAGCAUACAUUCAUGAAAUUGGUCAAUGGAAAAAACGAUGUUCAGCCUUGGAAGCAAGGUUUGAAGCUUCCGAUGAGGCUAAAUUGCUGGCUAGAAUUGAUUAGCUGAAUCGUUUGUUGGCUGAAAGAGAUUAAGAUGUCUAAAAGAGCAGAGCUUAAUUGAAUUUAUAAAUAUCCCAAUAACAGCAAAGUAAACUCUUGAGCUCAGCUAUGUAAAAUUAAGAGUUUGAUAACUAAUUGGAACAGUUGAGAAGAUAAUUGCAGGAUUCAUAAAAUAAAUUAGAAUAAUAAAAUAGAGAUAUGGAAGGAUAUAAAAUGUAGGCUAAUCUCUUUAAUUCAGAUAAAUUUGAAGAAUUAGAAUAAGAAAAGUGGAAACUUGAAUUGUAGAUCGAAGAAUUAGAAAGAGAUUGUGAUACCUUCAUGUUGAGAAUCAAGGAAUUAGAAUAACAAUUUUAGGAAUUAUCCGUCAAAUACAAUGAACAAAAUGCUAAUUAUCUAAAGUAUAAAGAGAUUAUUGAUUCUAAUUCAUCUAAAUACAAAAAUGUAGAUAAUCUCACUAAAGAGAUCCAAAAUUAUUAAAAAGAUCUCGAAGUCUGGAAAACUCGUUAUUUCCAAACUGAAAUCAGGUUAAAAGAAUACGAUUCUCUGAGAAUUGAAUAUGAAAAACUACUUAAGCAAUAGCAAUAGACUACUAUUCAAUCUACUUUUAUUAACAUUGAAACUGAUGCCUAAUACAUCUAGAUCAAAAGAGAAAGAGAUAUGUUGUAAAAAUAAAUUUCAGAUUUGGAAACUAAAUUAAGAGAGUAAAGCAGCAAUUCAUUCAGGGAACAACAAAAUACAGGAUUUAAAUUUUAAUAAGAUGACUCAAUCAGAAUUGAAAGAGACAAUUACUAUAAUAAAAUUCAAGAAUUAGAACUCAGGAUCAAAGAAUUAUAACAAUAAUAAUCAUAAUCAGUCAAAUAUUCUAAUGAUGACUCUAAAGUUAGAGAAUUAGAGGCUAAAAUAAGAGAGUAUCUAUUUUAAAUAAAAUCCUAUGAGAGUCGUAUCUCUACUUACGAAACAAAAAUAAGAGAAUUUGAAACAAGAAAUAAAGAGUAUGAAACUAGAAAUACACAGUCUUUGGUUGAAAAAACUGUUGUUUUAACAGACGAACCUAAAAUUAAAGAAUUGACAGAAAUAAUUCAACAGAAGAAUAAAAGAAUAAUAGAAUUAGAACAAAAUGCAAAUUAUACUAUGAGCAAUUAGAGUUCAGUAGUUGUGAUUAAAGAAUAGGUCAGAGUCAAAGAUCAAAGAAUAAGAGAAUUAGAAAUAUAAGUUGAUAACUUGCAAUUGGAACUUGGAAGACUACAAAACUUAAAAAGAGAUCAAGAAUCUCGCAUCAAUAUUAUGUUGUAAAAAAUUACUGAAUAUGAAUCUUAAUUGAAUAUCCUUUAAGAAGUAAAACUCAGAUAAUCCAAAAGAUCCCCCCCACCUUAAUAGUCGAAAAUAACUUCUACAACCUACAUUCAAUAAUAAUAAUAAUAGCCUAUCAUCUAAACCAACAGCUAUAUCAAAUAGAACAAUGCUCAAUCCACUAUAUAUUAAUCAGCAUAAUAAAUAGUACCAUCCCCUGCUCCCAUUUCAUAGAAUAUUGGAUUUCAAUAGAUGAAUAACAGUCUAACAACAACUAGACAGGUAGUCAUUACUGGAGACUCUCUAAAGAAUUUGUAUCCCAAAGAAGAAAAUAUUUCAUCAUAAAUCCUAGAUCGAAUAGCUCCAAAUAGAAUAACCCAAGACUUAAAUGGUCAAUAAUCGCCCUAAAUUAUUGUUUCAUAAUAUAAGCCAAUUAAUUGA